AUGCCCUGGACCAGAUCCCAGGUGGACCCUCACGCCGCUGUAGCAGAGGUCAUGGACCACUACAGCGCGGACGAGCACCACUACGAGGGCUCCCUGUUCCCCACCUCCACCCUCAUCCCCGUCACCGUCAUCUGCAUCCUCAUCUUCAUCGUCGGGGUGACCGGCAACACCAUGACCAUCCUCAUCAUCCAGCACUUCAAGGACAUGAAGACCACCACCAACCUCUACCUGUCCAGCAUGGCGGUGUCCGACCUCAUCAUCUUCCUCUGCCUGCCCUUUGACCUCUACCGCCUGUGGAAGUACGUGCCCUGGCUGUUCGGCGAGACCGUGUGCCGCCUCUACCACUACAUCUUCGAAGGCUGCACCUCGGCCACCAUCCUCCACAUCACGGCCCUGAGCAUCGAGCGCUACCUGGCCAUCAGCUUCCCCCUCAAGACCAAGGUGGUGGUGACCAGGCGCCGGGUGCAGUACAUCAUCGUCGCCCUGUGGGGUUUCGCCCUGGUCUCCGCAGCUCCCACGCUCUUCCUGAUCAGCGUGGAGUACGACAACGACACGCACCCGGACUACAACACCGGCCAGUGCAAGCACACCAACUACGCCAUCAUCUCCGGGCAGCUGCACAUCAUGCUGUGGGUGUCCACCACCUACUUCUUCUGCCCGAUGCUCUGCCUCAUCUUCCUCUACGGCUCCAUCGGGUGCAAGUUGUGGAAGAGCAAAAAUGACCUGCAGGGCCCCAGCACCUUGGCCCGGGAGAGAUCCCACAGGCAAACUGUCAAGAUACUGGUGGUGGUGGUGCUGGCCUUCAUCAUCUGCUGGCUGCCGUACCACAUCGGCAGGAACCUCUUCGCGCAGGUGGACGACUACGAGACGGCCAUGCUGAGCCAGAACUUCAACAUGGCCUCCAUGGUGCUGUGCUACCUCAGCGCCUCCAUCAACCCGGUCGUCUACAACCUCAUGUCCCGGAAGUACCGGGCCGCGGCCAAACGCCUCUUCCUGCUGCACCAGCGGCCCAGACAAGCCCACCACGGCCCCAGACAGCUGUGCGUGACGAGCCACAUCUCCACCCUGAACGAGAGCCUGACCGGCGUCUGA